UAUUUCUUUAAUUAUAUACAUAUAUAAAUAAAUAUAUGAUAAAAUAAAAGUAAUUUCGUGCAAUUUAAACUAUUUGACAGAUUUUUGAAAAUAUAAAAAAGGCAGUGACACAAAUAUUUAAAUAAAGGAAUAUAAGAUGAACUUCAUUGAUGAAGUAGAGAAGUUUACACAUAAAUGUUGGAAAAGUAUUUUUAUGGAAAUACACGAAGCUGUUGUUUUUAUAGAUUCUGCAGCAACAGAAUGUCUUCACUGGCAUACAGGUGAUCAAGGAUAUCUUGUAUUAAAAACUGCAGGAGCACUUUCUGUACAUGAAUUAGCUACCUAUAAUUUACGUAAUGUAAAGGAUAUAAAUGAUGGAAAAGCUGUGAUUAUAUCCACUUCUGCUUAUGCAGAUUUCUAUGAAUAUAUUAUUAAAAUGAUAAUGGAACAAAAUACAUUUAAAAGUUAUACAAUUAUUACUACUGUACACUAUAGAACAAUGAAUUACGAUAAUAGUAUAUCAAAUAAAGAAAUAAAGAAUUAUACAAAAAUGAAAGAGGAUUUACAAAGUUCCAUAAAUUCUAAAAAUCCUAUGCAGAAUGUUUCUAUAGAUAUCAUUUAUAUCCCUAUUUUCAUAAGUCUUCUAACCAGAAGUUUAUUUACUACUCCACCAUUUGCAAAUUUAAUGCCACCAAUUCAUAUACCUGAACCUAAUAAAAUUAAAGAAACAGAAUUGUAUAUAAAUCAUUUUGUAAGUUCUUUGGAAAGCUUGUUUCAUCACUUGGAUAUUACAGAAGACAUAUAUUCAAUUGGUAAAUGUAGUGAUUAUAUAGCAGAAACAUUAAAAAAUUUACCUGCAGCAAUCAAACGUAGAUCUAAACUAAAUGGAGCAUCUGGGUCCAGAAUAUCUUUAAUUUUAAUUGAUAGAACAUUAGAUUUAUGUGCAGCUACUAGUCAUGAUACAAGUUCAGUUCUGUCAAGGAUGUUAUGUAUUUUACCACAUUUACCUAACCACACUAAUGACAUUGCAGUAAAUAUGAAUCCAAUAGUUUGUGGAUCCAUGAUAGAUGCACCAUUUACUGAAAUACCAGGAUGUUUAGCAACUACUGAUAAAAGUUUGAUUGACAUCUUGAUCUCAAAGAAACAGCAAGCUGUCCUUGUAACUGCAAAUCAUUUACUUCAAAAUAUUUUAACAUCAAAAGGAAGUCCUAAAUCCAAAAUAAGUACAAGAGUUUCUGUCCAUAGUUUAGAAAAGCAAAUGUACAAAUUUCAAGAUAAGAAUGAGAUAUAUUCUACAUUAGAAUCCAGCAAACAAUUACAAAUAAUUUGGGCAAUUGUGCAAUCACUGAAAUCAGAUAAAAAUACGCAGAUAGAGUUGCUUCUUAGUAUUGAAAAAUUGGUAUCACAAAAUGUAGCAGUUAGUAGAGAUUCUUCAAGUGUAUUAACACAACUAAGCAACAUCAUAAAAACACGACAUGAUAGAAAAUUAGAUACUGAAAAUCUUCUUGCUCUGUUAAUAUAUGUUUAUGCCCUUGCUGGUACAGAAAUACAUUUUUCACCUGCUCAAGAACAGCUUUUAGAAGAAUCCCUUUCUAUGGCUGUGUAUGAAGACAUAAAAGUUUUUAAUGAAAGUACAGAUAUUACAAAUGGGGUUUACCAACAAAUUUUAUUGUUAUUAGGAGUCACAGAUGAUGAAUCUGCAAAAGAGAUUUCAAUAAAGACAGCAAAACAUUUUAUCACCAUGCUGCAUGAUAUAGCAAAAAAACGAGAGGGAUUGCGCAAUUAUGUAUCUUUGGUAUCUGAUCCUCACCCUAGUGAAAUGGUUCAAUAUAUUAGUAUAUUAGAACAAUUAGUGAAAGAUAUAAUAAAUCCAAAAAGACCUAAAAUUCAUGAUCUACAUGCAAAAUCAAUGCAUUCCAGUAUUAGCUUCAACCUUUUUUCAAAAAGCAAGAUAGAACAUCAUCCUGCAAAUAACCCAUGGAUAUUAAUAUAUGUUGUUGGAGGUAUUACACCAGAAGAAAGUAGAAAAGUUCAAGAAAUAAUAUCCACAUAUAAAACAAAUUGUUCCAUAACACUUGCAGGAUCUAGACUAUUAAAUCCAUCAGACAUAGUAAAUGAAAUCCUUUUAAUGGGAAUAAAAAAUUGAAUUUAUAAAUAUAAA